CAUUGUAGUUUUUGUAGAGCUGGGUGUGGAAUUUAAAAAGUAUCAUGGUUGAUGGUAAUGUCAUUGCGGACAAGGUGUUUAGUACUUUUAAUGGUUUGAAGUUGAAAUCUGGUAAACCAGUAGUUAGAUCUAAUGGUGUUAAAGAAUGGACGGUAUUGGCUAGUUUAGUGGCUCAAAUAAAUGAUGAAAUCUUACCAAUUACAUUAACAACAGGAGUGAAAGCUCUUCCUGAUAAAGUGCGACAUUAUUCACAAGGUAGAAUAGUUCAUGAUUUACAUGCUGAAAUACUAUCACUUAGAUUAUUCAAUUGGUACUUGCUUGAUGAAUGUUGCAAAUUGUGUGAAGGUGAUUAUAAGUCAAAGUUAAUUGAAAAGAUCGAUGAAGAAAAGUUCAGAAUAAAAGUUGGAGUUUCAUUUCAUUUGCUUAUAACAGAACCUCCAUGUGGAGAUGCAUCUAUGUUAAAGUUAGCUAGUGAGACUGACGAUAAGCAAGUUUGGAGUGAUGAAUCACAACCUCAUAAGAUGCAAAAGAUUGAAGGUAAUAGAGGACGUAGUAAUUUUGGAAAAUUAGGUGUUAUUAGAACAAAACCAGGAAGAGGUGAUAGUUUACCGACUUUAAGUAAGUCAUGUUCGGAUAAAUUGAGUAUUAAGCAAAUUGUUGGUUUAACCAAUGCAUUCACGGCAGAUUUAUUCCCAGAUGGGAUAUUUUUGAACAGUCUAAUAUUAAAGGAAGAUAGUUACUUGGAAGAUGAUAUUGAAAGGUGUUUUAGAAAUAGAUUAAUUGAUGUUUCAGAUCUACUGCCCCAUUUUAUAUCCGUCUUGAAAUAUAAUAGUAAUGGUUAUACAUUUGGUAAGGAAAAGGAUGCUGUACCUAGUAAUCUUUCCUUAUUACAUCUUGUAGAAUCGAAUAUAACACAAGUAUUGAAUAAUGGAGUUAAGAAUGGAUCAUUUAUAAAGAAUAAGAUUCCCAAGGAAGGAGGCGAGAGUUUUAUCUCGAAUUACCAGUUUUACUUAAAGCUAUUAGCUCUAAAGCCCUUGGUCAAUAAAAACUAUUCCGAAUUCAAAAGACAAAAUCAACAAAGAGAAUUAGUUAAACAAAGAUCAAGGGAAAUUUUAGGACCUUGGAAUCCAACAUCGGAAGAUAACUUUGACUUUGUAUAAAAUAUGUAUAUAUACU